AUGGCUUACAAUCAAUAUGCCUACAGCCAGUCGCAGCAGCCUUCUUCACCGGUACAUGGACAACCACUUCACCCUGGGAUGUACAGGAUGAGCAGCCUUGGGGGUGGCGAACCCAUGGGGCGACGACCAAGUGCCAUGUUUGGGAGGACACGCAGUGAUGCCAUGACCAGUCUCCUUACAUCAGAGGGGCCCAUUGGACAAAGUCUAACUGCACCCGAGGAGGAAGCACAGGAUGAAGCAACCGAAGAAGCAUCGGAGGAGCCUUCGGUCAAACCACAGUUUCAAGCAAAGCUAGUGUGUGGCAUAUUCGACGAGCGACCCUUUUUUCCCACAGUGCUAGUUCUGUCUCUUCUGCUUGGCGCCCUUUGCAUGAUGACCGAGCAACGCGCUCUCAUCUACGAGAUGUGUGGAAGUUCGUGGUUGUUCACCAACUUCUUCUUGGUUCUUUAUCUUGUUACGCUGGCAUGCCUCUUGCUGUGCCUUCUAUCGGACCCAGGUCAGAUGAGCCGAGAGAAGUAUGCCGACAUACAGUCUGCUGGCCUUCCCUUGCCCAAGCGGUCGCACAAAGCUUGGCUGUACAAGCGUCCGAUCCUACGCUUUGACCAUUACUGUCGAUGGGUCACGAACGUAAUAGGCUUGAACAACCACCGAGAGUUCAUGGUGAUGUGCACAGGGCUUGCCACUAUUGCAGUGCUGGGUGUCGCCGUGGACGCUGCCCUGCUGCUGUGGUGCAUUCCUCAAUUCCGAUUUCCAAUCUUCGUGAUUUUGCAUCUUGGAUACUCCGCCAUCUUUGCCAAGUACAUUAUGCCCAUCUUCACCAUCCAUGUCGGCUUCGUUUCAAGGAGUGAGCUUGCAAAGGACUACAAAAACGAUGAGUUUUGGGUGCUCAUCGACCCAGAGACCGGGGAGAACACGCCAGCAAAAGACCUGGAUGCAGACAUUUACAACGAGGCUUUCGACAACGAUGCGCUCACUUAUGACAGUGCAAGGAAUCCGUGGGACAAAGGCUGGCAAAGCAACUGCAUGACGUUCUGGUUCACCUCGAGAUGGACUCCAGAUCAGUUGGGUGAAUUCUGA